AUGCAACACGAUGAGGUUAUAUGGCAGGUUAUCAGGCACAAGCACUGCAGUUAUAUGGCCAAAAUCGAAACUGGAAUCUUCUGUAGAAACCCUUAUAAUGUAACCGGUACCUGCAAUCGAAGCUCUUGUCCUCUUGCUAAUAGUCGCUACGCAACAAUCCGAGACCACGAUGGAGUCUUUUAUUUGUAUAUGAAGACUAUAGAGAGAGCUCACAUGCCAAAUAACUUGUGGGAGAGAAUUAAGCUGCCUAGAAACUAUGAGAAAGCACUUGAACUCAUUGACAAACACUUGUUGUACUGGCCCAAGUUGUUGCAGCACAAGGUUAAACAAAGACUGACCAAAAUGACUCAAAUGCGUAUUCGUAUGAGAAAACUUGCUCUCAAAACAAGGGAGACGAUAAUGACUACGCCUAGGAGGCAAAUGAAGAGAGAAUCGAGAAGAGAGGAAAAGGCUGUAAAAGCAGCCGAGUUGGAUAAGGCCAUUGAAAACGAGUUGUUAGAGCGUUUGAAGAAAGGCAUUUACCCUGACAAUGACAUACUCAAUUACCAAGAGGGUGCGUGGAACAAAGAAGCAGUGAUUGAAUAUGUUGAAGGCUAUGAUGAACUCGAAGAGGAAGAAGAUAUGGAAGAUUUCUAUGGCUUGCCAUCUAAGGAGUCUCACCUUGAUGGUGAUGAUCAUGGUAAAAUUCAUGUUCAGGAGUUUAACUCAAGAAUUUGA